AUGUCUCCACUGAAGCGUCCAAGCGACGAUGCGGACCAUGAGGAUGGGCGUCGGCCAGCUCCACGCACGCCGAGGAUUAGAGCUUGUGCAGAGUGCAAGAGACACAAGAUCAAAUGCGAGCCAGUAGACAAUGAGACAAAAUGCGCAAAGUGUCUGAGAAGCGGCACCGAAUGCGUGCCGUACAACAUGAACCAGCGCAUUCUUGACGAAGAUGUUGCUUGGAAAGCAAAAGCGUCCGCUGAAAUGGCACGCAUGCGCACAGCGGUGCAGCGUCUGCUCGCGCACAAUAAACUCCCAGGCCUGGAUAGCCCGCCAGAAGAAUCGCCUCAGCCGCCAUCAGGACAGACUGUGACUGUGACGCCGACUAAUGUCAUAUCGGAGAGUGGCCACACUACGCUGUUGGUUCCUCCUCUGAUGGAUAUGACGCGCGACAACUCUGUUGAACGCGAUUCCGGCGAAGAGUCUGGCUUGGUGACGGCGCCCAUGAGAAGUUUGUACGACCUAACGCGAAUCCGGAACCUUCGGAGCAGCGCACGGUGGAAGCCCAACUCAAACUCUGUAGACGAGGACUUUAUAGCUCAAGGCGUCGUAUCCCUGCGGGAAGCUGAAGAGCUGUUCCAGCGAUACAUGCAAGAUAUGCGGUUGUAUCUAUGGGCUGGCGUGCUGUUUCCAUACAACUCACUAAGUGCAGUGCGGCGCCACUCGACGCUGCUAACAGCAGCUGUCCUGACGAUAUCAGCACUGCACACGCCGGGACAGGAUGAGGCGCUGCAAAAGUGCUACGGCAUCUUUGUAUCGCUAGUCUACAGUGCUACGCUCGCGCGGCCCCAGAAUCUCGACGACAUACGUGCCUUGGCGCUUGCUGCAUUCUACGUCCCCAACCUAAGCUGGAAACUCGCCGGAAUUGCAAUUAGGAAUGCGGUAGAAAUGAAUUUGCAUAUGUCUUACCAGAAGUUGAUGCGGGGCCACGAGGAUCAGCGGGAUAACGUCAGGCUGUGGCUUACACUGUACGUGUGUGACCACCAAUUCAGUAUCGCGUAUGGACGCCCGUCAAUGGUGCACGACGACGUUGCAGUCAAGAAUAUUGAACGGUUCCUCGACAGUCCCAAGACCACGCCUGGCGAUAUUCGACUCGGAGCUCAAGUUACGCUCUUCAAGAUCCUGACCGAAGCCUACGUUGUCUAUGGCAGCGACCCAGAGCAACCACUUACCGAGCCCGACUUCCAGCAACUCCGCCUCUUCAACUUUGCCAUUGAGCAGUGGCGCCUAGCAUGGCAAGCAAAAUCCGCAGAUAGCCCCGCAAUAGGCUCAUACCCCUCAAAAGGAGUAGUCCUAUACUACCACUUCGCCCGCUUCCAACUAAACUCCCUCGCCCUCCGAGCCCUCCCCCCUCCGAACGCCACAACAUCCGAGUCCCUCUCCUACGACCGCCGCGAAGCCGCCAAUAUCGCCAUCACCGCCGCCACAAGCACCCUAACCCUCAUCUUCGAAGAACCAGACCUCCGCCGCGCCAUGACCGCCGUCCCCAUCUUCACCCACACCAUGCUCGCCUUCAGCGCCACCUUCCUCCUCAAAAUCGCAAAAACCUGGGGCGGCGUCGCCCAAGCCCAGUCCCCCGAAUGGGCCACCGAACCCCUGGGUCUCGGUCUAAAUUUCAACAUCAAUCAAGUCCUCUCGCUGUCCCGUCGCUCCGCCUCCUUUUUAGCAAAAGUAGCAGAUACUCUGAAUAAGAAACACAUCACUCGGCAUAUCGUGCAGGGUAUCAACGAUCUACUGAAAAGAAUUGAUGUAGCGGCGGGCACGCCGUCGGCGAAUACAUCGCAUAAUUUCACGGCGCCGUCGCCGGCUACGUCGCAGAUUUUCGAUCCCGUCAAGGCGGCUACGCAGAGCCAUGAGGUCAGUGCUGAUCCGGUGAAUGAGUACAACAUGUAUGACUUGAUUGGGUCGUAUGGGUUUGGGUUUGAUGAGACGUUUUUGGGGCAAGGAGCACCGACGAAUAUGGGGUUUUGGCAAACGGAGCAUUUUUGA